GGCGGCGAUGUUGGAUGGGCAUCGCCCACCAGAAAUGCUCCGUUCCGCGCUGGACGACGUUUGCCUUCAUGCUCAGCUGGUGCUGACGAGGCAGGGGCGACAGGACGUGUCCGUGGAAGACUUCUUGCGUGGCGCCCCUGACCCCCCCGAGGAGCGGAGUGUGCGCAAUGCUCAGCAGCUCUUGCGCGAGAUUGGUGCCCUGACUGCAGCCACUGUGGCAGAAGACGAGGACAAGGAGGCCUCCGAGGUGCCGCGGCAGGGCCUCACGGCCCUUGGCGUGCACCUGUGCUCACUUCCACUGUCGCCGCAGUUCGCGAAGAUGGUGAUCUGGGCGAAUCUGCUGGGCGUUGGUGGUGCCGCCCUCGCUGUGGUCAGUGGGCUUCAGUAUCGUGAGCCCUUCGUCAGCCUCGGGGAUGCGCAGCGCAGCCUUUCCCUGGCGCAGGCGAACAAAGCUGUACGCGCUGCGAAGCGGGCGCUGAGUGCACCGGAGAGUUCCGAUCACGUGGCCUUGUGGGCCGCCACGAUCGGAUUCGAGGCAGCGCGCCUCCGCGGCGGCGACCAUGCGCGCCGCUUCUGCGAGGCCAACUGCCUCUCUUUCCGUCAGAUGCAGACGUCUCGCCAGACAUCGGCCAAGCUCCGCGCCGAACUGCGAGGCGGCAAGCCCUGCUUUCAAAUCGAAGACUUCCAUCUGGCGGGCUCUGGCGUGGGCGAGCUGCGCCUGACUGCGUCCGAGCUCCAGGCCCUUCAGCAGUAUCUCAGCGGACUGGGACUCACAGACGUCGAGCUGGAGCCUUGUGCGGAUGAAGCCUCAGCCCAACCUGUUGUGGAGGCCAAGAUAUCGGAGGCCACCCCGAAAAAGCGAGCGAACGAGGCGAAGGAUGCCGCGCAGGAGGUGGUGAGCAUGCCCCACCCGAAGAGAGUUGUGGAGGCCAAGAUAUCGGAGGCCACCCCGAAAAAGCGAGCGAACGAGGCGAAGGAUGCCGCGCAGGAGGUGGUGAGCGUGCCCCACCCGAAGAGAGUCAGAGCCGCCAGCCCUGACUCUGAUGCCGGCACGCCACGUUCGUUGACGCCCACGAGCAGGAGCUCGACACCUGAGAGGGACCUGACUGGACCCAGUCAGGAUCCUGACGGGAACCAGAAGGAGAAGGAGGACGGGAACCAGGACGGGAACCAGAAGGAGAAGGAGGCGAAGAGGGAGCUGCAGAGGAUGAUCGACCAGCUGGACGACGACAAGCUGGCCAAGUUGAUCGAGCUCUCUCAGCCGGACAAGGAUCCGAAGACGGGGGAGCACAUCCUUGGCUACGACAAGCUGGCCCCUGACAAGAGGGAGAGCUUCCGCCAGCUCGUGGCGCAGUUGCUGAAAGAGCAGGAGAAGGACACCGAGGACAUGAAGUGUGGAAAGGCGACGUGCGUGAAGCGGCCCAUCGCUCCAGCAGAUGAGCACGAGCAGGCUGUUCAGGAAAUGCUCCGGGAAUUUGAGUCUUGGAUCUGA